CAAUAAAGACCCUUUGAGGAGGGAAGAAAAAGCUGAUAUAGAGAUAAAGUUUACAGAAUAAAAUAGGCAGCGCAAUCUUCGCCGGCUCCGGAGCUCGGAUCACGUAGUACCAGAACGACGACAAACAGAUACUCUUCUUUACAUUUUGUUCUCACUCCGAUCGAAGCUUUCAACUCUUGAAGUUUGUCGGAUUACUCUGUUUUUCUGUUUAGGGAAAAGAUGAGCUGCUUUCGCUGCUGUGAGGAAGAUGAAAUUCAGAAAGCAGCUGACAAUGGAGGCAUGAAUGCAGCAAAAAACACUUCAGGAAACAAUGGAGGUUAUCAUAAACCCGAAGCUGCACCAGCAGUCACUCAAGCUGUCAAAAUGCAACCAAUAUUAGUGCCUAGCAUACCCCUCAAUGAACUAUCGGAAGUAACAGACAACUUUGGAAAUGAUGCUUUAAUUGGAGAGGGUUCAUAUGGAAGAGUAUACUAUGGGUUGCUUAAAAGCGGGCAGCCUGCUGCGAUCAAGAAGUUAGAUGCAAGCAAACAGCCUGAUGACGAGUUUCUAGCCCAGGUCUCCAUGGUCUCAAGGUUGAAGAACGAAAAUUUUGUUCAAUUGCUUGGUUAUUGCAUUGAUGGGAGUUCCCGCAUACUAGCAUACGAGUAUGCUUCUAAUGGAUCACUUCAUGAUAUUCUUCAUGGAAGAAAAGGUGUGAAAGGAGCCCAGCCUGGUCCCGUUCUAUCAUGGGCUCAACGUGUGAAAAUUGCUGUGGGGGCAGCUAGAGGACUUGAGUAUUUGCAUGAAAAGGCCGAGUCCCACAUUAUCCAUCGUGAUAUUAAGUCCAGCAAUGUACUUCUCUUUGAUAAUGAUGUUGCUAAAAUUGCUGACUUUGAUUUAUCCAAUCAAGCUCCUGAUAUGGCAGCACGUCUUCAUUCUACCCGUGUUCUUGGAACUUUUGGUUAUCAUGCUCCUGAAUAUGCUAUGACUGGUCAGUUGAAUGCCAAGAGUGAUGUAUACAGCUUUGGUGUAGUCUUGCUUGAACUCCUGACAGGGAGAAAACCUGUAGAUCCUACGCUACCACGAGGACAACAAAGUCUAGUUACUUGGGCUGCACCAAAACUCAGUGAAGAUAAAGUUAGGCAGUGUGUCGAUGGAAGGCUUGGCGGAGACUACCCCCCAAAGGCAGUAGCAAAGUUGGCAGCUGUUGCAGCCUUGUGUGUGCAAUAUGAGGCAGAUUUCCGGCCAAACAUGAGCAUUGUUGUCAAAGCCCUUCAGCAUCUAUUAAAUGCUCGACCUGUGCCUUCUUCUGGUGAUGCAUCAAACUCGAUUUCCGGCCAAACAUGAGCAUUGUUGUCAAAGCCCUUCAGCAUCUAUUAAAUGCUCGACCUGUGCCUUCUUCUGGUGAUGCAUCAAACUCGUGAGUUCUAUUCAUCAUCAAUUUGCACACAAUCAUAUAAGAAGGAAAUUGCAUCUGAAGGAAGCUAAUUAGUGAAUUGUUUGGAUAUUUUUUUCAUCACAUUUAUAUUAAUUCACGUGUUAUAAGUCAUCUAUAUUGUGGAAUCCAAUAUUAUUUAGUUGUAAGAAUUGCUAGAGUGGGAUAAUGUAUAUAGAAACUAUUGGCUCUUCUGCUCUGACUUUCCAUAUGGCGAAUCUGCAACUAUAGAAUUUGUUUAAAAGGACUCAUCAGCAACUUAAAGCUAAGUUUUAUUCUUUUGGA